ACUACCCCACCUUUGUUCGUGGAUUCUGGGUCGGGGAUAGUCUCGACGCCUGAGGAUUCUGCCGAUGGGGUAGAGGAGGAGGAGGAGGAGGAGGAUGAGCUUGCAGAGAGCACACAGCACUCCAUUCUCCCCAACAGCCAGGAUCUUUUUAUCACCCUGACUGAAGUACCCUCCCAAGCCUCCCAAGCCAGUACCCAAGACUCUGACCCCAUGGAAGGGACCUCAGCAGCUGCAAAUUCCUCAAGCCUCCCUCCUCCAUCCCGAAGGUUAUCACAGAUAAGGCGUCGUAAGAAGAAGACACGGGAGGACAUGUUUUCUGAAAUUAUGCAAUCCAGCAGGAGUGACAGAGCUCAUCUGAAUGAGUGGAAGGAAACAGUUUCAAAGUAUAGGAAAGAAGUCAGUGAACGUGAGGAGAGGAGGGACCAACGUGAGGAGAGGAGGGACCAACGUGAGGAGAGGAGGGACCAACGUGAGGAGAGAUGGCGGCAGGAAGACCAGAGGAUGAAGGAUGCAACGCUGGGGCUGCUCCGGCGUCUGGUGGAGGUUCAGGAACGGCUGCUGGAAAACAGACUGCCGCUUCAGCCCCUGUUCCACCCUCCCCCCUCCCCAUGUUCCGUAUCCUCCUCACCCAGACGUGUAAGAACGCGGGGGGGGAGGCUCCGUACACCUUCCCAUUCCACCCCAGUAGACAGCCCAAGCAAAAGGCUGUCAUUUUUUUAACCUUUUCUUUGUGGCUUUUUCCUUCCCAGCAAUCCUCCU